GGAACGGUUGUUUGAUGCACAGUGGCUGAGGUCGGAAGUCAGACACGUGGGAUAAAAACAGAAGUGUACUUACAGAGCUGACACGGAAACAACUACUAGAACUACUAAAAAGUUAAGCCAUGGGUAAGUCCAAACAAACGGGCAAUCACAAGAGCGACAAGAAAAAGAACAUAGCGAAGCUCUGGAAAACCAAACGGAGGACCAAGGACUUGGAUCAGAUCCAUCAUGACAUGAAGCCAGAGGUAGCGGCCAAGCUGCUGCACCAGGAGGUGGACUAUGACGUCACUGGAAACGCCCAGCACUACUGCCUGCACUGCGCGCGGUACUUUGUGGAUCUGAGGAGCUUGAAGGAACACGUUAAAACUAAGGUGCAUAAAAGGAGACUGAAGCAGCUGCGGGAGGAGCCCUAUACCCAGGCGGAGGCUGAGAGAGCUGCAGGGAUGGGCUCUUACAUCCCGGCCAAGAAAGUGGAGGUGCAAACCCAGCCGCUAGAGGAGGAGGCCGAGGAGAUGAAGUGAACAAGACUGCCUUUGCAAGCCCCAGUACCUCUGCCGUCGUCUAGUUGUGAUAGCCUCCAGGGUGCGUGGUCUGCCCCAGUACGCCUCCCCGUGCUGCAUUACACCACGCUAAUUUGGUCCCUUUAAAACCACAGUAACAUUUGCAGGGCUUUGUUAAUCUGCACAUUGCCUGUCUUUGAGCAUUCACAACUGUUUGGCAGUUAAGGGGUAAUGGUCCUUUUUUUUGUAUAAGCAGACAGUCAGUACUGCAGGUUUAGAGUGUGUUUUGUAAGACCGGGUCCUGGUUUCAAAUACCCGUUUAGUAACUGAUGUACUAGUCUGAGUGUUAGCAACUUACCAUACCUUGUUCAUGUGCCUAAACCCUGAUCAGCUAUGCAACAUGAACCACACUGUAAAUUAAAUGUGACAGCAUUGUUUGGAUAUCCAGUUUAAUUAUUAAUAUUGCAAGGGUUACACACCAAAAAUGUAAACUGCUACAAUGCUGAAUAGGGUGUUGGGGCCACCAUGUGUAACCAGGAAGGAUGGAUUUGGCUGCAUUUUAUAUAUAUAAUAUAUAUACACACACACACACACUUUUUGUUCUCAUUUAUAUUUAUACUGUAGUGCAUGAAGAAUUGUUUGGAUAGGACGGAUUACUGGAAAUCAUCAUAUUGUUUUAUUAUGCCUUCAAUAAUUUGGGCAAUUUUGUCUGACGGCACCUGCAAACUGUCAGAUCUGAAGUUGACUUUUAUGCAUUACAGAAUGCAUCUCACUGAUGUAAUUUGCAUAACAAUGACUGUCCUGUGAAUAGACCAUUUGCAUGCUAUAUAUUGCAGGAGUUUCUUAUUUUGUGUCCAGUCCUUGUAUGUGUUAAUGAUCAGUUCUUCACACCACGCAGAAAAAAGAACAUUUUUAAGAUCUAAUUUCCCAAAAAUAAUGUUGAUGGAUGUUUAGGCAGAUAUCUGCCUCUAUGCUACACAUCACCCUGGUAAACAUGUGCACGUGUGUUACAGGUAAUGACUGUGCUGCAGAUCUUUUAGGAAUGACUAUAAUUUGUAUGCUACUGUAUAUGAAUGUGUACAAAUAAAAGCUGCAGAAAGA